AAUUUCCCAUUAGAAAACAUGGAGGACCAGUCGCCGGAAGUAGAAGCACCGCCGUCUCUGUUCCCGGUCACACCCGCCUCCCAGCAAGUCUCAAACGUCCCUCAAUGGCUCUCCAACACCAGCUUCACCACCAACCUCUCCGUCAUAAACGACGCCGUCGCCUCGCACUUCAAACCUGACCCGCCGCCUAUGUCGCCGCCGCCGGAGGAGCAAGAGGAAGCACUUCCCCAGACGAAGCCGUACGAGCUUCUGGAAUCUUCGUCUUCUGGAUCCGAAGCGAGCGAGGAUGGAGACAGGACUAGCAAGAAGAGGAGGGAGAAGGAGAAGGGGAAGAGGAGGAAGAAGAGGCGGAGGAGAGAGAGGUCGGCGGAGAGAAGCGGCGGGGCGUUCGGUGGUUUCGGGUCGAGAAAGUCCAGUGUUCGGGCUUGGGCCGAAUCCAAGACUAGACCGUCGGAAAAUUAUUACUUCGAUUCUAACGGCGACCGUGAUAAUCUGGCCUUUGGAUGUCUCUAUAGGAUGGACAUUGCUCGGUACAAACCUUAUGCUGCUGUUUCGGAUAGCUCCGGGGAUUUUCAAGCUUUGUAUCAGGGGAAUCGGACAGGUUCCGCAUUGGAAAGAGAUGCUGAUGUUGAUGCAUUGGAUGGUAAAUUAAAAUCUGGGGGUCGCUAUUGGUCUUCAAAGUACAUGGCAUUGGAACGCCAUAAGAACUUGAAGCGUCUUCGUUUACUUGCCCCCAGAGACCUUGCGGAUACAGUUGCGGGUGAUUUUAUUCCUUUGAUGGAUGCUGAAACAUCCGAUGAAGGUGAAGGUGUUGCGGCUGAUGAGUCACUCUCGAGAACUCCAGUAGUGGUGGAAGAAUCAUGGGAGGAUGAGUUGCUACGCAAGACUCGGGAGUUUAACAAAUUGACGAGGGAGCGUCCUCAUGAUGAGAAGGUUUGGUUGGCUUUCGCUGAGUUCCAAGACAAGGUUUCUGAUAUGCAGCCCCAGAAAGGUGCUCGCUUGCAGACUCUGGAGAAAAAGAUUAGCAUAUUGGAGAAAGCUUCAGAUCUAAACCCAGAUAAUGAAGAACUGUUGCUUUGUCUUCUAAAGGCUUAUAAAAGAAGAGACAGUUCUGAUGUAUUAAUUAGUAGAUGGCAAAAGAUACUUAUACAACAUUCAGGAAGUUACAACUUGUGGAGAGAGUUUCUGCAUGUUAUCCAAGGGGAGUUCUCCAGAUUCAAGGUUUCAGACAUGAGAAAAAUGUACGUACAUGCAAUCCAGGCUAUAUCCGCUGCAUGCAGAAUGCACUAUAGGCAGGGUUGCCAAGGAGAUAAAUCUCAUUCAGAUAUUGCUAUUGUUCAGCUAGAACUUGGUCUGGUUGAUAUUUUUCUCAGUUACUGUAGGUUUGAAUGGCAGGUUGGCUACCAAGAGUUGGCCACCGCUCUGUUCCAGGCUGAAAUUGAAUUCAGUUUGUUUUGUCCUUCUUUGCUCCUCACUGAGCAGAGUAAGCAGAUAUUAUUUGAGCACUUCUGGAACAGUGAUGGUGCUAGAGUUGGAGAAGAGGGCGCUCUUGGUUGGUCCACAUGGUUGGAGAAAGAGGAAGAAAAUAGGCAAAGGGUUAUCAGAGAGGAGGCGGCACAUGAUAAUGAAGGUGGUUGGACAGGUUGGUCUGAACCACUAUCAAAAAAUAAGGAAAAUAGUACCAGUACGGAAAUGGAAGUUGAAAGUAAUGCUGCAGUUGAGGAAUUUCAAGAAGAAACUGAGAAUGAAGAUAUCAAACAAGAAGAAGAUACUGAAGCUUUGCUAAAGAUGCUUGGUAUUGAUGUUGAUAUUGGGGCUAGUGGUGAGGUUAAAGACACUUCAACCUGGAUUAGAUGGUCAGAAGAAGAAAAAUCAAGAGAUUGUGAUCAAUGGAUGCCUGUCCGUGCAAAAUCUGAAGCCUCUAAUAAUGGCGGGACACCUGAGAGAGAAGCAGAGGAACACCUUUCAAGAGUCAUAAUGUAUGAAGAUGUUACUGAGUACCUCUUUUCUUUGGGCUCAUCUGAGGCCCGUUUAUCUCUAGUGUUACAGUUCGUUGAUUUUUUUGGUGGGAAGACAUCUCAGCGGAUAUCUACAAACAGUUCAGCUUGGUCUGAGAAACUCCUUGGCCUGGAGGCAUUUCCACAGUCAGUAUUACAAAGCCUGAGAAGGGUGCAUGAGGUCUUAAGCAAAACACAAGAUAGUUCAAAUAGUUUCAGCUUGGAAUCUCUCUUGGGGACCACCAAUGACAUCCAUGAAAAGGCAGACCUGAUGAAGUUUCUUCGUAAUGCGACCUUGCUCUGUUUAUCUGCUUUUCCACGUAAUUAUCUCCUAGAGGAAGCUGCUUUGGUUGCAGAAGAGCUAUCUGUUGUGAAUCUCAAUCCAUCCCGCAGUUCAGCUACCCCCUGCCGUGCUCUGGCAAAGUUUCUUUUAAAGAGUGAUCGUCAGGAUAUAUUGCUAUGUGGUGUUUAUGCAAGAAGAGAGGCUUUUUAUGGGAAUAUUGAUCAUGCAAGAAGAGUAUUUGACAUGGCAUUGUCAUCUAUUGAAGGGCUUCCUUUGGAAUUGAGAUCCAAUGCUCCUCUUCUGUAUUUCUGGUAUGCUGAGGUGGAGCUAGCCAACAAUCAUGGAAAUCGGUCUGAAUCAUCGUUUCGUGCAAUGCAUAUUCUAUCUUGCUUAGGAAGUGGUGUAUCAUAUAGUCCGUUUAAAUGUCAGCCAUCAAAUUUGCAAUUGCUGAGAGCACGCCAAGGCUUCAAAGAAAGAAUAAGAACAGUUCAAAUGUCAUGGGUACGUGGUGCUAUAGAUGAUCAAUCCGCUGCUCUCAUAAGUUGUGCAGCUUUAUUAGAAGAGUUAACUUCUGGAUGGGCUUCAGGAAUUGAGGUUCUGGAUCAGGCUUUUGCAAUGGUGCUUCCAGAUAGAAGAAGCCAUAGCCAUCAACUUGAAUUUAUGUUCAACUUUUACAUGAAGAUGCUGUGGAGACAUCAUGGUCAAUCAAGUCUAUCAAAAUGCUGGGAGUCCAUUUUGCAGGGGCUUCGAAUAUAUCCAUUCAGCCCUGAACUUUAUAGUGAUCUAAUUGAGGUUGGCCAUUUUUAUACAACUUCCAAUAAACUGCGGUGGGUGUUUGAUGACUACUGUCAAAAGAAACCAUCUGUUGUCGUCUGGCUUUUUGCCUUGUCAUUUGAGAUAAGCAAAGGGGUAUCACAGCAUAGGAUUCGUGGAUUGUUUGAAAGGGCAUUGGCAGAUGAUAAGUUUCAUAACUCAGUUGUGCUGUGGCGAUGCUACAUUGCAUAUGAAAUGAACAUGGCAUGCAAUCCUUCCACAUCCAGGCGAAUAUUCUUUCGAGCUAUCCAUGCCUGCCCAUGGUCAAAGAAGCUAUGGCUCGAUGGUUUUCUCAAAUUGAACUCCACCCUAUCAGCAAAAGAGCUGUCAGAUCUCCAAGAAGUUAUGCGGGAUAAGGAACUGAAUCUGAGAACAGACAUUUAUGAAAUUCUUUUGCAAGAUGAGCUAGUGGUGUAACCAUCAAAUGCAACAAAUGGUGCCAGGUAAUACUUAGAACGGACGGCUUUGGAAUAACGUCUGUUAAUCCGUUUUGUAUGGAGGCUGUUGGAAUUGAGAUGUACGUGGUAUAUUACAGGGUAUCAUGAGUUCCAAUAGAAUCUUAGUCAUUUGAAAAUUGAAAAUACCGUGUACAGUGAAUCUUUUAUUAGCAGAAAUUGAAGUACUAAAGCUUUUGU